AUGGGGACCGAGAACGCUGCGUGCGUGUGCCCAAGCCUGGCCGACGAGAAGCCUACGCGACAACACUUCCGCGCCGUGCCCCUCGCUCUGCAGAUCCCAGUGGCCGAGCUGGACGGUGGCGAGUCCGGCACAGGUGGUUGGUCCUCCGCCGACAUCCCCGGCGUGCCGACGCCUCCUGUAUCGCCACCGGCGGCUGCGGCACAGUGCGAGCCGUGCCCCUCCUGCCCCGUGUGUCCGGCAGCUGCGCCGGCGGUGCGCGGUGGCGGUGCGGCGGAGCUGACCUGCGCUGACUUCGACAUGGGCAAGUGCCGAAAGGAGAGCUUGGACCAGACGACCCCGCACAUCAUCGAGUGCUCAGAGGCGGGGGAAGGCGGCUCUCAGGAGAUUACUUACUAUGGGCAACUUGCUCUUGUGUGCCCGCAUGGAAUGUCGGGUGACUUCUGCUGUGGAUGUCGGGAAAAAGACGUCGACAUCGACGAACAAGAGAAACAAAAAGCCAAGGUGUGCCACCUGCCCAGGCCCCAGCGAUACGCGGCCGUGGGGCAGAAGGGUGCCACCCUGUGGAUGACCGGUCUCAGCGGCAGCGGCAAGAGCACCAUCGCGAAGGCCCUCGAGGAGGAGUUGGUGCUGAGGGGGGGCAAGCACGUCUACCGGUUGGACGGGGACAACAUCCGCACCGGCCUGAACCGCGACCUUGGCUUCUCGGAGGCGGACCGCGGAGAGUCGGUCCGACGCGUGGGCGAGACCUCCUGCCUCUUCUCCGACUCGGGGACGAUCACCAUCGUGUCUCUCGUCUCUCCUUACCGAGAUGCCCGCGAUGCUGUCCGCAAGAGGCACGAGGACCAGGGCAUCCCCUUCUUCGAGAUCUUCCUAGACGUGCCUCUCGAGGAGGUGCAGAGGCGUGACCCCAAGGGACUGUACAAGCAGGUGGAGGAGGGCAAGCUCAAGGGUUUCACCGGGGUCGACGCACCGUACGAGCCCCCCCUCAACGCCGAACUUCGCCUUCCGAACAUGGAGAUGACGAUCCAGGAAUGUGUGGACGCCCUUAUCCGUGUGCUUGAGGCUGGCGGAAUCCUGACUGGGGGCCCCUCAGACCCGAGUGGCCUGCCCAUGCCCGACGGCGAUGAGAUCAUCGACCUACACGUGGCCCCCAGCGAAAAGGCGGCGUUGAUGGCGUUUGCCGAGACGCUUCCCAAGGUUCUUAUCACCGACAUCGACCUCAACUGGCUGCAGGUGAUCGGAGAGGGCUGGGCUUCGCCUCUCAAGGGCUUCAUGCGUGAGGGAGCUCUGCUCCAGACAAUCCACUUCGCCUCUUUGCUUGUUGACCCCGCAAACACGACCGGGCACUACAACUUCAACGAGAUGGACACGGCCUUCGACGCUCUUCCGACCCACCGCCCCCCCAACCGGGUUAGCAUGUCGGUGCCGAUCGUGCUGCCCUGCACUGGCUUCACGAAGGAGUCGCUCGAAUCGAGCGGGAUGACGUCGGCUGCCCUCGUCACCAAGGACGGCGAUAUCGUUGCGGUCCUGAACAACUUCGAGAUUUACGCCAACCGAAAGGAGGAGAUCGUCUCGCGAGUCUUCGGUGUCAUCGACCCCGGACACCCCUACAUCUCGCACAUCUACUCGGGCGGGGACUGGCUCAUCGGCGGGGAAAUACAGUUGCUCGACCGCAUCAGGCACGCUAUACUGUACAACGACGGUCUUGACAAGUGGCGCCUUACGGCCACCGAGGUUCGCGAGGAGUUCGCCAAGAAGGGGGCUGACGUCGUGUACGCCUUCCAGACCAGAAACCCCACACACGCCGGCCACGCCUACCUCAUGCGCACGGCCGGGGAGAAGCUCAGGGACCAGGGAUUCAAGAACCCGGUUCUUUGGCUGUCGCCCCUCGGUGGGUGGACCAAGCCCGACGAUGUUCCCCUCGAUGUCCGCGUCAAGCAGCACGAGGCGGUGUUGGCGGAGGGGAUGCUUAACCCCGAUACCACCGUGAUGGCCAUCUGGCCGAGCCCUAUGAUCUACGGCGGCCCGACCGAGGUCCAGUUCCACGCCAAGAGCAGGAGGUCCGGAGGCGCGAGCUUUUUCGUUGUCGGGCGCGAUCCUGCCGGCAUGAAGGGUUCCCCCGAGGCGCAGGCUGCACCGGAUGACGACCUCUACGACGCCGAGCACGGGCGUUACGUCUUGUGGAUGAGCCCGGGUGUCGGCAGCAUGAAGAUGCUCGAGUUCAGCCAGGUGUACUAUGACAAGAAGACCCACACCAUGACCGCACCAGACCCAAGUCGACCGGACGACUUCAUCUCCAUCUCUGGGCUUCUCAAGCAGCUCGAAAGAGGGAGGCAACACCGACGAGGUCGGCGGGUCCUGGAGCAUGGCGCACACCACGCAAAGAAUCAGCAGGAGCGGGAGCGGCGGAACCCAAAAGCCAUGACAGCGUCGAAGAUGAGGAAGCUCGCCGCCCAGGGAGCCAAGCCUUGCCCGAACGAAAUUCCGUCGGAUCUGCUGGCAGCAAACUGCAUCCCCCCCGGCUUCAUGGUGCAGACGGGUUGGGACAUCGUGUGCGACUACUACCAGAACGUGGACACGAAGGAGUGGGUCCCGUGGUCCAAGCCCGUCAUCGAGCCCCCCACCGCCCCCCACACCAACGCCCAGGGCACCUUCGGCACUGCCCCCUUCCAGCUCGGCUUCACCGACCCCACCACCGGCAAGCCGGCGUCUCCCUGGCACGACGUGCCCCUAGACCCGGGUCUCGGGGACGGUGUCUUCCGGUUUAUCGUGGAAAUCCCCAUGUACCAGACGGCCAAGAUGGAGGUGAUGAAGGACGUGGCGUUCAACCCGAUCAUGCAGGACGAGAGCAAGGGACAGCCAAGGUACUACACGUACGGCGUGCCGUUCUUCAACUACGGGCUUCUGCCGCAGACGUGGGAGGACCCCUUCCUCAAGGUGACUUGA